UGUGUGCUUUUUUCCAGAUUUUCAUCUUUUUGGCCGAGUGAACCAGCAGACCUACCUGACCCCUAUAUCUUCUUCGUUUCUUUGGAAGGCCUGAGGUAAGACCCACCUGGCUUGGAAGUUGGAACUUUGCUUGUGCGAGUGGGGGAACUGCGAACUGGGGAAAGGGGGUUGGUUCUAGGAGUUGUUUUCCACCCCUUGAUGAACGACAGUGCGCAUUAUUUUAUUUGCGGGAUUUGAAUAUUCAAUCAAAUUCGUCCGCUUGCAUUGACUUCCGAGGAGAAAAGUCCCUGCUUGCGCUCUGACCUCUCCCACAGCAACGUCCUCUAUUACGUUUCCCCAUACGGCUGAUGAAACCGAAGAGAAGACGAGGAGACACCCGAGACCCAUCAGGCUUUCUUGUCCCGGGCCCUGGUUCGCUUCUUUGAAGUCAUCUCCGAUCUCCCAGUCCCAGCUUCCGAGGGAGGAGGUACUCCGGAACCCCGUAGCGUUUUCCGAAGGAGAUGGAGAAGUUGGCGAAUCUUGCUUCGAAUCAGAGAUUCUCCAGAGCCGCGCAUACCCACGAAGCUCCGCCCCUUGCCAACGGAAAUCUGGCGGCACCCAAGAAGAAAUGGACCAACUUCAUGCCCCUCUUCGUGAUUCUCGUGGUGGUUGCGGAGAUCGCGUUUCUGGGUCGGCUUGAUAUGUCCAAGAACGUGUCUCUGGUCGAUUCUUGGGCCGAUGUGUUCCACCGCUCGCAUCCUGCGGGCGAGCUGCCCCUGAACGGCGAAGAUUUUUCCGUAGCGAUGGAGAAUAGUGACCGGAAUUUGGGGUCGGAGACGGAAAGCUGCGAGGAGUGGUUGGAGAAAGAGGAUGCCGUGGUCUAUUCUAGGGAUUUUGACAAGGACCCUAUUUUGGUUUCUGGUCCUAAGGAGGAGUGGACGACAUGUGCUGUCGGAUGUAAGUUUGGGUUCAGUCCAAAUAAGAAACCUGAUGCGCAGUUUGGAUUGCAUGGGGAAGCCAGAACAGCUAGUAUACUUAGAUCAAUGGAGUCUGCACAGUACUAUUCAGAAAAUAAUAUAGCUCAGGCACGACGGCGGGGUAUAGAUAUUGUGAUGACGACUAGUCUUUCCUCUGAUGUUCCAGUUGGAUAUUUUUCAUGGGCUGAGUAUGAUAUUAUGGCUCCCGUGCAGCCAAAGACUGAGAAUGCCAUCGCAGCUGCCUUUAUUUCUAACUGUGGGGCUCGAAAUUUUCGGUUGCAAGCUCUCGAGGCCCUUGAAAAGACUAAAAUCAAAAUAGAUUCAUAUGGUGGCUGCCAUAGAAACCGAGAUGGGAGAGUGAACAAAGUGGAAGCUCUGAAGCGCUACAAGUUUAGUUUGGCUUUUGAAAAUUCUAAUGAAGAAGAUUACGUCACCGAGAAAUUCUUCCAAUCGCUUGUCGCCGGUUCUGUUCCUGUGGUUAUCGGUCCACCAAACAUUGAGGAAUUUGCACCAGCUCCUGGUUCAUAUUUACUUAUCAGGGAGUUAAACGAUGUUCCAGAAGUUGCCAAGAAAAUGAUGUACCUCUCAGAGAAUCCUGUUGAAUACAACCAAUCAUUAAGGUGGAAGUAUGAGGGUCCAUCCGAUUCUUUCAAGGCCCUCGUGGAUAUGGCAGCUGUUCACUCAUCAUGCCGUCUUUGCAUUCAUCUUGCUACCACGAUCAGGCAGAAAGAAGAGAAAAGCCCAGGUUUCAAGAAUCGUCCAUGCAAGUGCACUCGAGGCUCAGAAACUGUAUACCAUUUGUUUGUGAGAGAAAGAGGGAGGUUUGAGAUGGUGUCCAUAUAUUUGAGAAAACUCACGCUGGAGGCCCUGGAGUCUGCAAUUUUGAGGAAGUUCACUUCUAUGAACCAUGUGCCAAUUUGGAAGGAAGAAAGACCUGAAAGCAUAAGAGGAGGAAAUGAACUUAGAAUUUACAGAAUAUAUCCUGUUGGCUUGACGCAGAGGCAGGCUCUGUAUACGUUCAAAUUCAAAAAUGAUGCCGACCUAAGGAGUCACGUGCAAAGCAACCCAUGUGCGAAAUUUGAAGUGAUUUUCGUCUAAAAUUAGUUUCUCAUCCUGACUACAGUUUGGCAGAGUGGGCCAUUUGUGCAUUUCCUGCUGUGGGAAUUCGCGAGGAGCUGAAUAUGGAACUAAUCGGACCGAUGCCUUCCGGUGCACCAUCCUCUUUUGCAUAUCGUGCUCAUGCGAGUGAUGGAUGGAGCGAUAAAUUUAUCUAAGAAUUGACAGAAUAUUUAUCGAGCUCGCUGUGGCAAGCUCAGACAUUUGAUCAUUGUGUUUGCCCAGGACAGAAGCUGGAUCUAAAUUAUUUAGGUGCAGGGCAUUUAGAUCAGUUCUCGGGACAUAUCCUUCGAUGUAUUUUUUUUUUUACUCUUCGAGGUGGCAAUACAGAUAUUCACGGUUCAAA